AUGUCUCCACAGAAGAAGAAAGGAAAAACGCGUACACCACGGCCAAUGCCUCGUCCACUUAAGCUGAAACAAGCCAAACUCAAGCAGCCAGAUCCUCGUCAGCGCUAUCUUCCGUCCUACGAGAUAGAACUUGGUAUACAGCCUGUGCCAACACUCAGUGGAGAUGUGUCAGAGGCGCUAUGCAAGUUUUGUAUUGCUUUUGGAAGAGAGGAAAAGCCGCAAAACGCUGCCGGUCCCUUCGAAGCCCUGUUGACAAAUGAAAAGCGAAAACAAGCAACAACUAAAAAAGCCUUCCGAUCCUUUCGCAGAGACAACAUCAUCAGCCACAUGAAAGAUCAACACAAGACUAAAUAUGAAGAGUUCAUUUCACUACCAAAUGGAAGUCGUUUGCGUCUUAGUUUUUUCGAUCUUCCUACAAUGAUGGAUUCUUUUCUUGGUGGGACUCGCAGCUGCCAUCUCGAAAUCCCCAAUGGCAUUGUCGAAUUAAUUCGCGAGCUCUAUUUUAAUGGCGACGGAGUGGUUGCUGAUGUUGUACUCAGUGCCGGCAAUAUACUCGGUGUUGACAAUAUACGCGGUGCUGAAAAUGCACUCAGUGUUGACACUGUACUUCAAGAUGACUUCAUAGCUGGAGUGGAGGCAGACGAAUUUGUAGAAGAAACGGAUUCCAAGCACCUACUUGUGAUCCCCGAUCGACUCCAAUUUGAAACCGUUAUUAAAUGCUCCAAUGCUAUGGUGAGCUUUCGUUCUAUUACGCGUGUGUUUGGGGUAUUUGGUGAAGCUCUUAAAAAUUCCAGACUAGGUCGACCCACUGAAUACAUAGUUGGUCGGUACAUCCGCUCUCUGGUAGCCAUCAACCUGACUGCUCUACGUAUCAUUUUGUCCAAUGUUUGGGGGUUCUCUUUGCUUGUUGAUGGAGCCACGCAUGGAUCCGAGGGGUACUUUGACGUACGUGUGGCAUUCGAACUCAGCGGAACCAUUUUCGACCAGCAUUUGCUGGCGAUACCUAUGGGCAAUCUUUCACACAAGGCUGUGAACUAUGCAGAACGUGUGCUCGUAGUGCUGAGUAAACUCGGAGAUGACAACUUGCUAAGGAAACUGAUUGGAAUAACCAGUGAUGGAGCAGCCACGAUGUUGGGGUGCCACGGUGGAUUUGCCAAGCUUAUCGAGCAGGCGUGCGGUGACCUGGGCGAAGGCGGCGUCUCCGUUAACUGGUGCGGUAGUCACCAGCUUAACUUGGCUGUGGGUGUUUUCAUUGAUGCUCUCAUUGACUUAGUUAAUUUCCGUUCUAUCCUCGGCGCAGAGAUUACGUUUACGAGGAAGUUUGAAAGUGUACGCUCGUGUAUAGGUAUAUGUCCAACAUACGCAAAUACGCGUUGGGAAUCGAUUUCGGAGUGUUGUGAUUUUCUCUCAAGUAACUACGAAGAAAUUAUGCAAUUGCACAAGACAAAAGGCGUCACUGCACCAAGCAGCUCGUGGUGGCUGAUCCUUUUUGCUAUUGGAGAGCUGGUAGAGAAGAUCAAACAGUGCUUCCGAUCUAUGCAGUACAGGACAGUUACGAUGAAGGACCAGUACGAGGCACUGGAGUACCUCGUGAAGUACUUCCAGAUGAAGUUUGAAGAGCAGCUUGAAGGUGAGGAUGCCUCUGUCAGUAUCUUUAAGGUCGCCAAACAUAUCGGAAACGCCGCGUUGUACUCUUCGGCAUUGUACAAUGAGAAAAUCGAUGAAAUUGAACAGCACCGUCUAGAAAAUGGUCUUUCGAAUGCAAUUACCGGCUUUAUUACGGGUAUUAACGAGAUCAAGAUCGAAGUUAAAGGGGCAAUAACAGCUACAACAUCUACAACGCCAAUCGAUAUAAUCGCUAUGGAAGACAUGACGGAGUUCCGACAACUGAUACUUCCUUACCGGAACAGACUCAGACGUCAAUACGGAAGUGGUGUAAUUAGUUGUAUUUGGAAGCAAGUCCGCAAGCUGAGAGAAACGUACGAAUUCGACUCGACCUUCAAGGACAUCGUCGAUAGGUCGUGCAAUAGAGAUAUAGUCCAGGCGUGGAAGCUUGUGGAUGCAAAAGGCGAGUAUACUCGCUUAGUUUCGUUUGCACUGGGACUGGCCUCAAUUCCACCUGGCACUCAUACCGUUGAAGGUGACUUUAGCUCACUUAAAGGGGUCAAAAGCGCCCACCGUGGGUCGUUGUCUAACUACGCGCUAGAAGGUCAGCUACAAGCAAAGCAGUACUUUGAGUUGAUUUCUCUCGCAAACUCCGUUGGGGCUAGAUCCCCCAUAGAAAAGUGA